AUGAUUCUGAUCACCGCGUUGGCGUUGGUUGUGGCGAUCUUGCUCUGCAUCCUUCUCGUCAAGAUAUACUGGAAGAGCGCUACGGCGGUGAAGAACCAGUGCACAACGCAAGCCUGCGUCUCCUAUUCCAGCCUUCUGCUCGCUUCCAUCAACCAGUCCGUCGACCCGUGCGAGAGCUUCACGCGCUUCGUGUGCGACGGCUGGAAGCAGAAGCAGUCGCUCAGCGUGCGAGAGACCCACUUCGUCGACGUCCUGGAUAAAGUGCGCCUGUCGGCGCUUUCCGCGGCCAUCCCGGCCACGCGACAGGACGACGUACAGCGGGCACUGGCGCUUUUCCUGAGCUGCGACGACGUCGGACAGGGCAAAAGUAACCAGCUUCUCGUCGUCAAGGAAGCCCUACUCGACGCGGGCAUCGUCUGGCCGGAAAAGCCUAGCGACGUCGACUUAGUGUACACGCUGCUAUACUGUUCCCUGGCGCUGGGAUGGGGUACCGUGCUCGACUUUGUCGUUGUUUCAUCGCCGAGCGGAAACACACUCGUCGUUAAGGCAGGCAGCUCGCUUCCAUUUGUCAUGGACAAAACCCGCAGUUUCAAGUCCAGUGUAGCGAAAUUUACUUACUUCCACACACUGGCGAGCGCCUUUCAUCUACGACACGAACGGACAGGAACUGUCGACUACGACACCACGACCGCCGUAGAAAUCGAAGCGCUGGAAAAGCUCGCCGCAUACUAUUCUGCUUACGUAGUACGCGACAUCACUCCGUCGUCAGUGCAAGACAUUGUUAACUCGACACACGCGCCCGUCCCCGACAGCCGCUGGACGGACUGCCUGGCCAGACUUCAGCCGAAACUUCUCGACAGCGUCAACGUCACAACUUUAGUCACAACCACCACUCCGCGCUACCUGGCGGCAGUGUUGGAACUUUGGGCGGAGCUGGGAGAAGACACGUUGCACUUUUUCGUCUCCUGGUGCACGGUGCAGGUGGCCGCUCUGUACGCCAACUAUGAGCUCAUAGAGAACUACUAUGACAAGAGCUCCAGCGAAGCUCGGGCCUAUCACGGAGCUUUUUGCCUCAGCCUCGUCAUGUCUCUGUCCGGUCCCCAGACGUUGUUUUCCAGUGAAGGCGUCGGGGACAUCUAUCAGAGCGACGCCGGCGUGCACGCCCGAGCGAUUACUUCGUUAGUUCGCGAAGCGUUCCGACGCCGGCUUUCCAACUGGACGCACUUCAACCCAAACGUCACGGUCAUCUCCGAAUGGACAUCACUGGCGGCGGUGUUUCGCUACGUCACCGUUUCUGCCAACGACACUGUAGUGGUACCACUUGGCCAGCAGCCGGACAUGACGACCGAAUCGUUCGUACGUAACUGGCAGAAGGUGGCGCAGCAGUGGAGCGACUCGGCAGGCUUAGCAGCCGCCACGCUUUACCCUGUGAGCAAGCUCCGCUACUACCUAACCUCGCCCGAACCCCGGGACUUCCAGUUCCUGCCCUAUGCUUUGUCGUUCCCCUUGCUCCAAGCCGACUUGACGGAUGCCCUCAACUACGGCGGUCUCGGGGCCAUGGUCAGCCGCGCACUUGGUGGGCUUCUAAUCGACGCUUACGCGGCUGACCCGGAAUCGGCAACGCCGGUCGACAUCCGUCUAGAUUGCCUGCGCGGGGACCAAUUCGUCGAAUGGGCGAGCGACGACCCGGGCAUUGCCUUUGGGCCGGAGGCUUUCGGAUUGGGUGCGUUGGUGGAGGCGUACACAAGUGUGGCCGCAUCUGGUCGGCCACUCGCGGGGCUGGAAGCGUACAGCGCAAUGCAGCUGCUCUUCAUCGCCCUAUGCUACAACAAGUGCGAGGGCACGUCGAAACGACACGACGAGUCCUUGUGCAACGUGCCCCUGAGACACCUGCCAGCGUUCGCGGAGGCCUUCCAGUGUAAGCCGCACACGCAAAUGAACCCCUUGCGCCGCUGCCAUUUUAUAUGA